AUGUGGAGCUUGAUACAUCAGCACCAGUUUGUAAGCGUUACACAGUGUGUUCUGUUGUCAAAGCAAGAGAAUAUUAAGGUGCCUCUGUUUGACAGCGAGACUCCUCCUAUUCAAGACCAGUCUGAUUCUGAGAAUGUUGGUGGGGAAGGUGACUUACGGAAGGCUAAAUAG